CGAGUUGGGAAUGGAAAAAAACCAAUCUCUGAAAAAAAAACACGAAAGAGAAGGCGGGAAGAAAACGUUCCUCCUUCGCAGCUUCUCGAAGAAGCCAAGAUGGACUCAAUGGCAAGACACACAUGUCUGAAACUGCAAAUCGCCGCCGCCGGGAACCAACCCAUCUUCGUCAAAGGCACUUGGUUCGAUACCCACUUCGACCUCUCCAUCACCGACGGCCUCCAUGCUUGGGUCUGCCACGCAACGGAGGAGGAGGUGAGGGAGAGAGCGGCGCUGUGGGAUCAGCCGGUGGUUGAGUACAUCGAAUUGGCUGAGCGGUAUUUAGGGUUUCAACAGCCUGGUUCAGUAUACGGCUUUGCCGAUGCCGGUGAUGGCUGUAAAAGACUUUCAUGGACUUUUGAGAAGGAAGGGAUGAAGCUGGAAUGGCGGUGGAAAUGCCAACCCUCACCUGAUACCCAGCAGACUACAUCUGGAAUUUUGGAUUUUCUCAUGGAUUCAAACAUAAGGCUAAGUGAGGAAGUUGUCAGAAAAACUCAAUCUUUUGAUCAACUGAAAGUGGAAGCUGAGAAGUGUUUAGGACAAAGUGAGAAAUAUAGCAAUGAGAAAAUCGACUUUGAAUCUGCAAUUUAUGCGAAGUUCCUUUCAGUCUUGAAUUCAAAAAAAGCAAAACUCAGGGAGCUCCGAGAUCAGCUAUCAAAACAGGAAACUGCUGGAAAACUUCAACUGGAAGAGGAAGAUUCCCGUUCAACUGGUAAAACUGAGAGUUAUAGUGGAAGUGACGACAAGACAAGUGAAGAAAAACCUGAAAAGAAUGCUUCAAGCACUUCAAAGGAUGUUCCAGCAGCUACAAGUCGUGGUCGAAAGAGAGUCACACGCAGGUAGCAUCAAGCUAAAUGUAGCAUGUAGAUUCUUGCUUGUUAAGCCAGUACUUUUCUUGGACAUGUUUAUUUUUUUCCUUUAAACUCUGAACCAAAGUAAGAAACGCAACAAAAGUCCAUUAAGGUCCAUUAUUCUAACACCCUAGGCUCUCAUGGUAAGGAUGCGGACAUGCUGUCAAUUUUCUUUAUGUUGUGACAUUGGCAUCACCCCAGCAAGAUCAAAAGAUUUUGAUCUUGGAGAAUCAAAAUUAGGCAUUGUU